GCAUAUAGCGCCAUUCUCUCUCUAAAAAUGUCCAUAAACCAUUUCUCUCAAGACCUCCCGGAAACACUGUGGUGGACUGGCUCUCAAGACCACCACCACCACCACCACCACCAACAGCAGCCGCCCUUCAUGGACAUUCCUUCUUCAUCGCCUUCCAAACCACACCACCACCACCAAUUCUCAACCCCGCCUUGGACCUUCCACCGCGGCCACAGCACCACCACUCUCAAUUUCAACCUCAACCGCGAGGGUGAGGACGACGAAGAAGAUCUCGAUGAGCAAGCCAUCGACGGCGGCUGCGGUGGAGACCGAGGCGAGGAGCCCGGGGUGCCGUCGGAGCUCGACAAGGAAGUGCUGUUCGAGAAGCCGCUGACGCCGAGCGACGUCGGGAAGCUCAACCGCCUCGUCAUACCGAAGCAGCACGCCGAGAAGUACUUCCCGCUGGGCGGCGACUCGGUCGACAAGGGGCUGCUGCUCAGCUUCGAGGACGAGUCCGGCAAGUUCUGGAGAUUCAGGUAUUCGUACUGGAGCAGUAGCCAGAGCUACGUGCUGACCAAAGGGUGGAGCCGUUACGUGAAGGAGAAGAGGCUCGACGCCGGCGACGUCGUCUUCUUCGAGCGCCACCGCGCGAACGGCGAGCGGAUCUUCAUCGGGUGGAGGCGGCGCGGGGCGGCAGCGCCGGCUCAGGAGGGCGGCGGCGGCGGCGACGACGGGUGGGGGAGGAGGAGGGCGAUGUACUCGGACUCGGACCACCACCACCAUCAUCACCAUCAUCAUCCAAAUUUUGCUUACCCUAGUGCGCACCAGGGAGAUGAUGGGCCUCUUGUGCCAUGCCGACCGCGACCAGACUCUGCUCAUGCAGGGUCGGACGGCCGAAGACCGGGGAAUUCGAAAGGGUUGCUGAGGUUGUUCGGAGUGAACAUGGAGUACCAGGUCGACGAGCCCGGGCCCGAGCCAUCGGGGUCCGAGGGGUCAUCCCUGUCGCCUCGCCACCGCCAUCCGUCGCAGCGCCGCCAGUUCUUACUCUGAUAGCCUUCCUCCCACCAGCGACAUGCAGGACAUCACCCUGUCGCAAGAAGUCAACCGGGCGGGAGGAGAAGUUGAAGUUGCCGAGGAUGGAGGAUCUGUUGGAUGUGACGUCCCCUGCUCUUGUUUCUCGUCAUGGGCAAAAAGUUGAACUUCCCCCUCGACCCACUUGGGAGGUCAAAAGAUUUCUGUCAAAGAAAUAGGAAUGGGAUUCCAGAUGUUCAAUAAUUCUUUUUCGCGUAUGCUUGAGAGAGAGGGGG